AUGACUAAGCUAUGCAAUCAAUUCAAGGUUAAGCAUCAAAAUUCAACACCUUAUAGACCACAGAUGAAUGGCGCGAUGGAAGCAGCCAACAAAAACAUUAAGAACAUUUUGGAGAAGAUGACAGAAACUUACAGAGAUUGGCAUGACAAGCUUCCCUUCACCCUAAUGGCUUACAAGACUACGACCAGAACCUCCACGGGUGCUACUCCCUUCUCUUUGGUGUACGGAAUGGAGGCAGUGGUCCCUGUAGAAGUUGAGAUCCCAUCUCUUAGAGUUCUAAAAGAAGUAGAGUGGCUGAGGCAGAGUGGGUACAAUCCCGGAAUUCCCCGUUCUGGUCAAAAAUCAGGAACCCAAUACAUCAGGAGGGUGUUCAGGCACGCAAUGGGAAUCCUGAAGCUGUCAAACAUCGGUAAUGAAGAAUGGUUGAUUCAGAUUCGGCUUACUCCUUCGAGUUUUCGGAAUCUCUAG